UGGUUUGAAAGGAAAUGACUGGUAUAAAACAUAUGGUGGAUAAUCCCACUAGCCCAUGACUUUUCUGUUAGUUGCGAUUUUCACAAGUAUGUGGUACAUUUUCACAACUCUCAGCACAAAAAUAGGUUUCAAAACUCUUAGGCCAUUUUCAAUCAAUUACUUUUGAAAAUAUUUUCCUGUCAUUUGUUAACAAUACAUUUAACAAUAAUUUCAUCAAACUGCUAAAAACUGAACUACAAAGACAAAAUUGGAUAGUGUCUACUUUACGUACAGUUUGAAAACUGUAUGAAUUGACAUUAAUUUAAUUUAGGUUGGAAGGUAAAACCAAAUAAUAUAUGGAUUUGGCUGUAAAAACUACUUUAUCCUUCUUCAGCUAAAGUUGAUCUUGAGUAAUGUUUCAUAGGGCAGAAAUUGCACCAGGCUACACCAAUACCUUUUUACUGUAGGCUUCUGCUACAUGCCACAAUACCCCUAUAUCUAAUGGUUUCUUCUAUUCAUGUAGUGUAUAAGGAUACUGAAACUAUAAGACUGACAUUUUUCUCAACAUGAUCCAAUAGUGGGAUAAUGAGUAGCAGUAGUUUAGGUUUUUCCUCACUGGUUAUUUGAACAAAUCACGAUUUCGCAGGUGUUAGCAUCUUUCAAAAAGUGAUUUGAAAAAAACUGUACAUUUGUGGAAAGUAAUGAACGAUUGCACACUUCAGGAGAAAGGAGAUAUUUUAAGGAUGCACCCAAUCAAUCUGAGAUUUAGACUAAAGUAACCAAAUGUUUGGUCUAAUGAUAUUCUAUGUACAAUACUUCCUGUGGUCACCAGGACAGAGCUAGCCCAUCCCCCUCCACCCUGCCAGAGUCCCCUGGUCACAACUCUCCUGGUAGAGCCUUACUGCUGGGUCUGAAGAGGGUGUCUGUGUGGCUGGUCGACUGCAGGAAAACACCAGGGCAGAGUGGAACUGUAAGAGAAGGACACGAGGAGGGUGAUGGAGAUUUGAUUUCAUCAAGUAAGAACAAUGGGGACACCCCAAACCGUCGUUCUCUCAGUGGGAGGGGCUUAUCAUCUGGGGAGUCUCAACCACAUCAUGUUGCUGACGAGACAGAGAAGAGUCUCUACAGAUCAGAACAUCUCAAGAAACACCAGCAGAAACGUACAAGGAAGAAACCUAACCACUGGUCUUCUGACUGUGGGAAGAGUUUCAGAAGCCAGAGUGGAGUCAUUAUUCAACAGCGGAUUAACAACGGAGAGAAACCGUACUGCUGCUCUCGUUGUGGGAAGAGUUUCACUGCCUCUCAAACCUUAAAAUGUCAUCAGAGAAUUCAUACAGGGGAGAGGCCUUACCCCUGCGUUGAUUGUGGGAAAUGCUUUGCUUUAGCUUGCUCCCUGACUAUACACCAGCUCAUACACACAGGAGAGAAGCCUUAUAGCUGUGAUCAGUGUGGGAAGAGCUUUGCUCUAGCUUGCUCCCUGACUAUACACCUGCGAACACACACAGGAGAGAAGCCUUAUAGCUGUGAUCAGGGUGGGAAGAGCUUUUCUCGAUCAGUACUCCUGAAUAUACACCAGCGCAUACACACAGGAGAUAAGCCUUAUAGCUGUGAUCAGUGUGGGAAGAGCUUUGCUUGCUCAGGAGAGCUGACUAGACACCUGCGAAUACACACAGGAGAGAAGCCUUAUAGCUGUGGUCAGUGUGGGAAGAGCUUCAGUCAUUCAUGGAACCUGAAUUCACACCAGCGAACACACACAGGAGAGAAACCUUUUAGCUGUGAUCAGUGUGGGAAGAGCUUUGCUCGAUCAGGAACUCUAACUAUACACCAGCGCAUACACACAGGAGAGAAGCCUUAUAGCUGUGAUCAGUGUGGGAAGGGCUUUACUGUAGCUUCCACCCUGACUAUACACCAGCGCACACACACAGGAGAGAAGCCUUAUAGCUGUGAUCAGUGUGGGAAGAGCUUUGCUCGAUCAGUACAACUGACUAUACACCAGCGCACACACACAGGAGAGAAGCCUUAUAGCUGUGAUCAGUGUGGGAAGGGCUUUGCUCAAUCAGUACAACUGACUAUACACCAGCGCACACACACAGGAGAGAAGCCUUAUAUCUGUGGUCAUUGUGGGAAGAGAUUCGGUCAAUCAUGGAGACUGAAUUCACACAUGCAAACACACACAGGAGAGAAACCUUAGAUAGAUAUACAG